GAUUGUAAUUCAGGUAUGUUUGUUUUCACUGACGAAGCACGACUCCAUGCUGCAUGUACACGUAUUCGGAAGAGAUUCAAACCGGACAAAAAUUACAAAAACAAAAUUAGUUCCUAGAGACCUGUCUUCCUAGUAUGCAGGGCUGGGAUGAGAGAGUAGUCCAGUGAAACUAGCCUGGUACUUUUCCAAACAAAUCCAUAUUAUAUAUCUAUUUCCCGUUCCUCUCUGCUCUCGUAUUUUUGAAGCGUCACCUCCUUGGGGUUUCGUCAGCGUUUCAGAUGGCGAGCAGACGAUACUGAUACGGGUAUAUAUAUAGGUCAAAUUGCAACGAUGAUAAUGACGUAACUACAGAUAUCAUCAAAACACCAAGUGGAAUCAGAGUCUGACGACGUAUCAUUUUAAGAAUAUACCAAGAUCGACCCACUAUGAAGAUGGCAGAUGUCGCCAUGAUAAACUGACACACCAGGAGUUAAUAUUUGGCAAAAAACAAAGAAGGAUUUGUAAGAGCCUGUCUCUUCCUUAUCGGUUUUCAGACAGCAGAGGGGCAUGCUGAAAGAUGGCUUACAUAUAUGUGAGGUUUCCUUUUCUCCUGUGCAGGCAGGUUAUAUACCUAUACACGUUGAUUGGCGGCUGGUUUCCUCAGCUGUUAGCUAGCGUAGUAACAACACUAAACACACCUGGCAAUGGAACGGACUCCACUACAACAGAUUCUGAUGCCUCCUUGCUCAACACAGUUACAAGAUUAUCCUCGACAAAGUCAACAGACUCUAUAUCCAGUAAUUCCGUGAGUUUAGACAAUGGAGCCCAAAUGAAAGAGAAUGGACCGUGGUUCCUCAACCCGACGCAAAUCACACUGAUUGCGAUAGGAGUGACAUUCUUCAUUGUGAUUCUGGUUGUGAUGGGCAGUCUGUUCACACACUGGCAGAGAAGACGGAACGCCCACCGUAUCCGACACUGUGAUCAGCCAAAGGUAUUCGCUCCUAGAAAACGACGACACCAACGGCCGUCACCUCCUGGGCCUCCACGGAGAGCGCGCCCAGCGAGCACUGCCUCUGCUGCGGCAAGCACUGCCUCUGCUUCCUGAGGGAAUGAACUGUGGUUUUUCCAUUUUGUACAAAGGACUGGUCUUAAUUUUUUUUUUUUUUUAUCAUUGCUAAGUUGUAUUAAAAUCAUUUCGCUUUUAACAUUUAAAUGUAUAGUGCUCUCAGCCGUUUUAAAAGAGUUUAAGUUUUGGUUUUAGUGCCUGAUUUUAUGAGUUUGUUUCCCUGAUGACACUGUUCAAAUAAGCCUUAACAGAAUUCUAUAAUGAUAAACGUGUCAGAUGUUGGCGCUUUGUGCCAUGCUUAUGAAUCAAUUAUAUGAAACAAGAGUUGUAUGUAAUUUAUUAAUCAUUUUUGAAGACAAGGGUGAUGAAAUAUAUAUUGAUGGUGCUUCUGAUA